AAACACUCUCCCUGGAGACAGCUUCAUUCUAGCGUGCACCCUCGGCCAGAGGCUACUCCUCGCUAAACUGGAUCUCAACUUGAGGUCGUAGAGGUUGCUAACUUGCACUGGAUCUCGGGCGUAGAACGACUCGAGAAAAGCCAUCCAGCAGCCCGUGACCGCCUAUCUCGUGCUAGCACCGCGUAGUACGUACAGUACUGCCAUUUACACCCUGCAAUUGUGGUGUAGGUGCCUUUCCUGACCAAUCUUCACCACCUUCGGCAUUCCCCAAUCCAGACCUCGCCUGCGCUACACCUACCGACUUCUUCACCAUCACCACUACCGCCUUCGACCCUCUGUAUCACGUUCCAACGGCUCUGCUUAUCGCCAUCAUCCCAUCGCCACGCUCUUACGAUCUGCUGCCUCGAACAACGUGUGCUCUCCUAAACUUCUCGAUUUCAUGUUCGUGUAUUCUACCGGUCUUCGAUUUUUUCGGGCGACGUGCAGUAUCCUUGCGACAGCAAUGCCACGCCCGGGGCACCGCACUCUCCCACUACAUACACGGACGAACCCAUGCUAAGUGCAAUUGUCGAUUCCACAGAACACCUUUCUUCCUCCCGACUUCUGUCGGCGGUUGCUCUGCGCAAUUGUCGGAGCGGCGGUGAAACUGAGUCCAGACAAUCAGGCGGACGGACACACGGAUAAUAUUGAGCGAUCAUGGAUGGCUCGCAAGGUUUUUAUGGGCAGCCGUAUACCGCGGUCAAUCCGCCACAGACCAUGGACGGCUAUGCGCAGGAUGACCCGAUGAAUGCCAUGGUUUCCGGCAAUAUGGCUCCCACAGGACUGGGUCAGCCACAGAAUCUCCACCAGAUCGUCAAUCAGAACAGCGAGGAACUGAUGCGCAGACGACACACCUUUCAACAUCAAUAUCCUCAGCUUGCUCCGGAUCGGAACCGAAGAGCCUCUAUGCUCGAGUUCACCUCGUCGAUCGACAGUGACUUCGCCGAUUUUCAGUUUGAUCCCCAACAAACUGACCCGUCGCUGGCCAUGCCGAAUGCGAACCCCGACAUGCUGCCGAUGCAGAAGCCCCUCGAUCCUCGAAGAAUUCGCUCUCGCGAGCACUUGUCCCUUACCGCGCGCUUUUCUCAGAUGCAGUCCGACUUUGAUGCUCCCUAUAACCCCGUUAUCAUGGCCAGCACUUCAAUUGGUGUUGAACCCUCGGCCGCUUACAUGCCUACGGGAAUGGAUAUGACCAUGGACAUGUCCAUGGAUUUUGAUGCUCUGGGUGGCGCCGUGACUAGCAUGAACAUGCACGCUGGCCCGAUCCAGGAGCCUGUGUUCAAUGCUUCUCCGAUAGACCAGGCCUUCUCGAUACCGUAUCCACGAACCGGUCAUGAUCCAGGUGGUGGGUCAAUGAGCCCACUGGUUCAUAAUCAUAUGGCAAGCAUACCACAGACCAUGUCAUCAAUACCACAAUCUCUCCAUCACCCGGCACAAUCGUUGCAGGGGCAACACUCCAUUUCAGCCACUGUCACAAUGUCAGGAGGAGGUCCUGCUCAAGCAAUAGCUUCCCCCGGCCAUGCUUCAUCCAGGAGUCUUUCGGUGGAUGUUCCGUCCCCCUUUCCCGCGAAUGCCGAUAUACCUCAAACUUCGUGUCCAACAAACCAAGCUGCCCUGCCACACACCGCUCCAAUGCAAGGCCCUCAUCAGCCUCUAGCGAAGUAUGCCAACGCAUAUUCCUCCAGUGGAUUUGACAUGCUUGGUGUUUUGAUGCGCGUUGCGACGAGGCCCAGGCCCGAAAUCAACAUUGGUCCAGUGGAUUUGUCCUGCGCUUUUGUCGUGUGCGACAUCGAAAAAUUCGAUCUACCGAUUGUGUAUUGUUCCGAGAUGUUUGAGAGAUUAACAGGCUAUACAAAGCAUGAAAUCCUAGGUCGAAAUUGCCGUUUUCUACAGUCCCCUGAUGGCAAAGUACGGCCGGGUAUGAAGAGAAAAUACGUCGAUGACAGCUCAGUUCUGUAUCUCAAAAACCAAAUCAGUAAACGAGCAGAAGCCCAAUUGAGUCUGAUCAACUAUCGGAAAGGCGGACAACCGUUUAUGAAUCUCCUCACCAUGAUCCCGAUCCAAUUCGACUCGGACGAUUACAAGUUCUAUGUCGGGUUUCAGGUGGAUCUCGUCGAGCAACCGAACUCCGUCUCAGGCCGCAAUCCAGACGGUAGUUAUGCGAUCAACUACAAUAGAGGCUCACUCCCCGCAUACGCGCUGCCAGCGCCUCCCGAUCCAAGCCAGGCUCUACAAGAAAUUGGCCAGACAAUCCCCAGGGACGAAGUUUCCAAGGUAUUGAGUUCGAUUGGCCGGGGCGAGACCGACCUUUCGAGGCGCAUUUGGGACAAGAUCCUGUUGGAGAAUGCCGAUGACGUUGUGCACGUUCUUUCGUUGAAAGGCCUGUUCCUUUACUUGUCCCCUGCCAGUCGGAAGGUGUUGGAGUACGAUGCGAGCGAGCUUGUUGGCGUGGCUUUGUCGUCCGUAUGCCAUCCCAGUGAUAUUGUCCCAGUGACUCGAGAAUUGAAGGAUUCGUCGAAUGGUGCUCCGGUCAAUGUGGUGUACCGAAUCCGCCGGAAAUUCAGCGGCUAUACCUGGUUCGAGGCACACGGCGGGCUGCAUACCGAACAAGGGAAGGGGAAAAAAUGCAUCAUCCUUGUGGGGCGCGAGAGGCCAGUCUAUGCCCUUGAUCGUUCAGAACUCGCGGCGGAAGAAAACCUGGGAGAAAGCGAGCUGUGGUCUAAGAUCUCGACGUCGGGGAUGUUUUUGCACGUCUCGUCCACGUCCCGAGUCAUGUUGGACCGGAUGCCCGAGGACCUGGUGGGAACCAGCCUGCAGGCUCUGAUGCGACCGGACUCGAAGCGGGAAUUCUCGCGGGCACUUGAAGUGGCCCGAACGGGAGAGAAGGUAAAUUUCAAGCAUGACCUCCUGAACAGACGAGGCCAAGUUCUGCAUGCGCAGACCACUAUUUAUCCAGGCGAUGCUCGACCAGGGUUCAAGCCCACAUUUCUGCUGGCGCAGACGCGCUUGUUGAAACUGACCCGGACAGCCCUGCUCAACCAGAAAUCCCACAGUUCGUCAUCGACCUCGACUGUACAGACAUUUUUGGGAUCUGGGUUGUCUUCGGGUACAGGGACCAAUAGUUCAUCGACAUCUAUAUCGCCCGACGGCCAACCGCUGGCUGGCCAUGGCAACGCCGUGACACAAGCGGGUGGUCACGGUCUGACGCUAGGCAACCAGGACGAUGCCUUGAAUUCCGAAGAUAACCUGUUUGACGAGCUCAAGACGACGCGGAGUUCGAGUUGGCAAUUCGAACUCCGACAAAUGGAGCGCCAGAAUCGGAUAUUGGCCGAGGAGCUGCAGAUCUUGCUGAGUCGUAGGAAGAAGCGCAAGAGGAGAAAAGGGCUGGGACAGCUGGAAAAGGAUUGCGCCAACUGUCACACGCGGGUGACCCCCGAAUGGAGACGAGGUCCUAGUGGGAAACGUGACCUGUGUAACAGCUGUGGCCUUAGGUGGGCCAAACAGAACGGCCGAGUUUCUCCCAGGAAGACUAGCAGUGUCGCUCAGAGCGAGAAAGGUUCAAAGCCCGCCGUCCCCGCCCAGGCACCCGUCACGAACAAUGUCGAUGUUAAGGGGGGCAAAUCGCCAGCCACAGUCAACGGUACCAACCAGGAAGUAUCCUCUGGUGCGACUGGUCCUGCCACCACGGUUCCCAAGGACCAAGAGAAAGAUGACCGAGAUCCAUGGCGAGGGACAAUGCCUCCUAAGAUCGAAGAGGCUGAAGAACCCCCACAUCCAACGGUGUUGCCAACUUGAACAGACCCUCCCUCCAUUCUGAAAGGAGGAUUGUCCAAGUUUUCGCAGCUGGGCAGGACUUGAACUCACUUGAAAGGGCGUGAACUACCCACAGUCCAGCUUCGAUGAAUGUAUCGAGACACGAUGACCCGGGUGGGCGAGAGGGUCGAUCACUUCGUGUAUCACCAUACUGCCAUUUAUCAUCUCAAAGGGGUCCAUGAAUGUCCCGACAUCGACUGUCAUACGAACUACUUACGAUUUGUUCUCGUUCUCACAGGGCCGUGUCACCGAUUGUGCAACUUUGCAAGGGAUAUUGUGCGAUAACAGAUCUAAUCGGUCUCAGCAUAAAAUGAGAUGAGCACUGCUGGCUCGGUGCACAACCCGCGGCAAAUUGUUGCAGCUGCCUGGACAUUGAAAUAACGGCCUUUCGACGGAGCCGACACCGAAACCGAACCCUGUUGAGGCUUUUGCAGGGAUUCCCCUGAUGUGGCCCGGGUACAGCCACGUCUGGCUUUCAGAGAGUCCAAAUUGACGGAACACUUGCAUUCGCAUCUCAGUUUGUCUUUAGCGGUUGUCGCGAUCCCAACAGAAAGCCGUGCGAUACUAUUUCUGGCAAUAGGCAUGGAACUCAUGGUAUCUCGGGUGGUUCAUACUCACCCGAGCGCUGCCUUGGGAAGCCCAGAUCUCCUCCGGAGCGGUCCAGAAAGCCAUGUGAUAUACAUACAUGUGUGUCUUUUGUGUCCAUCUUACAAUGCAUGACGACAUGUUGAAGAAACUGGCCAUUAUCGAUGAAGAAGACAUGAGGUGUAUGCGAGUUUGCAUCAUGAGGUCGAGCUCGAGAAGUCUUUUUUUUUUCUUUGGAGGGCGAUGGUGCUUUCUGGAUGACAUGAUGGGAUUUUGGGGUUUAUGCAUAGUCUGGGUGUUUGCGCGGAUUGUCAGUUAUUCAGUCAUUAGGUACAGUUAACGACCACGCACACGACCACGGUUACGAAACAAAUAUGAGAAAGGGCAUGAAAUUUAUUCAGACGGCACGCUGCGAGGAUGAGACGGGUUCGGGCAGGAGGGGGCCUUGGAGCCGAGAGCUUAUUUGUCGUGUUUCUUUGUUCUCUCUUUGCUCUGUUCGACUCAGGGGAGGAUAUACCUUGGAACUUGUUCUUCCGUUGCAGUUUGAUGCAACGACGGGGUCGAGCUACGGUGUCUAUAUCUAAGCUACCUACCUCCUGCAUGCCCCGAGAUGGAUGAGGGCUGAGACCGGGGGCUGGACGAAGUCCAUUUAUCGAAUUGAUCAUAUAUUAUCCAUCGAUUCGGGUUGACAACUAUAUUUCGGACAUAUCCUCGAAGUUCCUGGCAUAUUCACUUGUGGGUGUAGUUGUCUAGAUUGUGGACAUAUGUGGAUAUAUUUCGAUAUACAGUAAGCACGUCGCGAGGAUCCUUACCUUUCUCUCUGGUCAUCGUCCCACCAUUCCACAUGCAGUGCAAACACAUUGUGUCUACCUAUAUACAAAUAUUGAAACAGUCGGA